AUGUUGCGCCGACCAUUGGUCCUCAUCCCCCUCCCCAACACCGCAGCCUCACCAACCGCGUCAAACACCACCCCCUCCCCAACUCCCUCCAAAACCACCCCUACACAAACCCCCUUCAACACCGCCGCCUCACCAACCCCAUCAAACACCACCCUCUCCCCAACUCCCUCCAAAACCACCCCUCCACAAACCCGUCCAAAAUCACACCUUCCCUAA